AUGGCUAAAGUCAUUUUCACGGCAUGGAAGAAUAAGUCGCAGUUGGCGGAGGUGCGGAGCGAGUUUUAUCCUUCGCCCUCAUAUGAGGGUCCAGACUUGCGCAGUCAUGCGUGUGCGGUGGUGGAAGCUUGGAAACUUCGUGGCAAUGUCCCCCAUCAUGUUGAGGCGACAGCCCUUUUGACGGACGCGAUUCUCCACGAUGAUGCGCAGAUCAAUUCGAUUUUCUCUAUUCGAGCCACUUACUCUGCUGCAUUCUGUCGGUUCGUUACUGGGCUCGUCGACUCAAAGGUUCAAGGCCCGCGCAAGACGAUGUUCCAGCGCGCCAUGGACCUGGGCUUACCUGCUUCUUUUGUUGAGUUACGUCACGAAGCCACUCAUCGAGAACCGCCAUCCUUGGUUGUUCUUCGCAAGGCUUCUCAGCGGUCUCUCGAGUGGCUCUGGGAUAACUACUGGGCCGAGAUUGAUGACCUAGGCUUCGUUUCCAAUGUUGAUCAUGACGAUAGCGCGUCUGUUCAGACUGCCCUUACUAGCGUUUUGCGGGAAUUCUCGACGGGCUCGAGGUCAACGGAGCCGCAGGCGAAGAAACGGAAGCGAGAUCAGGAGAUCUCCAUUUCGACGGAUCUAGUUUCGAUUUGUGGCAACUCGAUCGAGGCUGUGAGAUCACUACCUACUAUCCUGUUGGAUGAGUUCUUGCUGGUUGGUUCUGAGCGAAAAAUCGGGGAGUCCAUAAAUGAUCACUUUGAGAAGUGGGACCCGGUCUUGCAAAAGAUCACUGAACACCACCCCUCUUUCUUGAUGUACCUGUCGGAGGCGCUAGUACACAAGCUCAUUUUCGAUGCCACAAGGGAGUCCCCUAUGGACGGGGUCGCCGAGGCGUACUUCCUAUGGUUGACUCACAUAUGGACCUCGUCCUCUUGGGAAUCUCAACAGCUAUACUGCUCUCGCAGUUACAUCCUCAGUGCAUGCGACGAAAACCCGAAUUACUGGGCGAAGAUGUUGAGUGAUCGGUUACGCGAGCGUGAAGGUGUGCGAAAGAAUAAAUCUUCCUCUCGGCGAAGCUCUCAGGGUUCUUCUGUGAAGAAAACUGCUUUAAAGAAUGGUAAUAGCCCUAUGUUAUCUGGUGUUGAUGAGAAGCUUCUCGCGCAUGGAUGGGGGCCUGUUGAGAAGUGGGAUAGUCGGGCUUUGGGCGUUGCUUCGGCUCACUAG